CUACACACCUCGUCGAGGCCGAGAAAAACCCCACCCACCAGAACCCCCUCUCUCUCUCUCUCUCUCUCUCUCUCGUGUGCGUGUGUCUGUGUGCGUGUCUGCGGGAGUGUGCAUAACAGCAGCCGUCGGCUGCUACGUCGGUUGUUCAGUUUUGUUCGUUUUAUCUUUUAAAGAUUCAUCUUGAAUCCAUAUACCCAGCGUAUCGAGUCCAUAUACAAAACCCCCCCAACUAAAUCGGCCUGUCAAUUGGAGGAAAGUGGGCGCUUGAUUUGAACCAUUCCUUCUUUAAACUAAGUUGAUAGCUAUCCAGAUCUGAUAAUAAACGCUUCAAAAAUCUGUUUAUUGGAAAGAUCUGAAGCAGGGGGAGUUUUUGAUAAAAAUUGUUGGUAUCUGAUAAUGUCGGUGGCUUUGAAUCAUGCUGUCCAGGCCCGACCCGACGCGGACGUAACGAAACCUUUCGCUUCCGCUUCCCGUCCGUUAAACGGGUUAGCCCGGAUUGGGGUUGGCCGGAGCGGGACAUGGGCGAGCCGUGGCUCGGUUGUUAAACAGUCUAGUCUGUUAGGGAAGAAGUUGUAUGGGACUAGGCUGCAACGGGGGUCGGUUUCCGAGACGCUCCAUCAAUGGAAAUCGGAUGGUCCGGGUCGUGACCCGAAGCUUAAGUUGGUGGUUCGGUCUGCUUUGUCGCUAGUGCCGGAGAAGCCCUUAGGUCUUUAUGAUCCAUCCUUUGAUAAGGAUGCAUGUGGGGUCGGUUUUGUUGCUGAAUUAUCCGGCAAAAGUAACCGCAAUACGGUGACUGAUGCGAUUGAGAUGUUGGUUCGUAUGUCACAUAGAGGUGCCUGUGGAUGUGAAACAAACACCGGCGACGGUGCCGGAAUUCUCGUCGGUCUUCCCCAUGACUUCUACAAGGAGGUUGCUAAAGAUGAAGGGUUUGAGCUACCACCACCUGGGAAAUAUGCAGUGGGGAUGUUCUUCUUGCCUACUUCCGAUACCAGACGGGAGCAAAGCAAGAUUGUGUUCACAAAGGUUGCUGAAUCACUCGGGCACACAGUUCUUGGCUGGCGAACUGUUCCCACAGAUAAUUCUGGAUUGGGGAAGUCUGCUAUUCAAACAGAACCCGUCAUUGAACAAGUGUUCCUCACACCCACGUCUAGGUCAAAAGCUGAUUUUGAGCAGCAGAUGUACAUACUAAGAAGGGUUUCAAUGGUAGCUAUCCGUGCUGCAUUGAACCUUCAACAUGGUGGGAUCAGGGACUUCUAUAUAUGUUCUUUAUCAUCAAGAACUAUUGUGUACAAAGGUCAGUUAAAACCGAACCAGUUGAAGGAGUAUUAUUAUGCAGAUCUUGGGAAUGAAAGGUUUACGAGCUACAUGGCCCUGAUUCAUUCUCGGUUUUCAACCAACACUUUUCCUAGCUGGGAUCGAGCUCAGCCUAUGCGUGUUCUUGGCCACAAUGGAGAAAUCAACACACUUAGAGGGAAUGUUAACUGGAUGAAGGCACGUGAAGGUCUUCUGAAAUGCAAAGAGCUUGGCCUUUCAAAGAAUGAGAUGAAGAAACUUCUUCCCAUUGUAGAUGCCAGCUCAUCAGAUUCAGGUGCUUUUGAUGGUGUUCUUGAGCUUUUGGUGAGAGCUGGUAGAAGUCUUCCAGAAGCUGUUAUGAUGAUGAUUCCAGAAGCCUGGCAGAAUGACAAGAAUAUGGAUCCUAAAAGAAAGGCAUUAUAUGAAUACUUCUCAGCUUUAAUGGAGCCAUGGGAUGGACCUGCACUUGUUUCAUUUACUGAUGGGAGAUACCUUGGAGCUACAUUGGACAGAAAUGGUCUACGUCCAGGUCGAUUUUAUGUUACUCAUAGUGGAAGAGUUAUAAUGGCAAGUGAAGUUGGAGUUGUUGAUAUUCCACCUGAGGAUGUUUCAAGAAAAGGCAGACUUAACCCUGGAAUGAUGCUUCUUGUGGACUUUGAGAAACAUACAGUUGUAGAUGAUGAGGCCUUGAAAAAACAAUACUCAUUACAAAGACCAUAUGGAAAGUGGCUUGAACAACAAAAGAUAGAAUUGAAGCACAUUGUUGAAUCUGUUAACAAAUCCGCCCGUGCAUGUCCCCCUAUUGCUGGAGUUUCACAAGCAACUCCAAAUGAUGAUAACAUGGAGAACAUGGGUAUUCGUGGCCUUUUGGCCCCAUUGAAGGCUUUCGGUUAUACUAUUGAAGCUUUGGAGAUGCUUUUACUUCCAAUGGCAAAAGAUGGUGUUGAGGCGCUUGGUUCAAUGGGAAAUGAUGCUCCAUUGGCUGUGAUGUCAGACAGAGAGAAGCUAACAUUUGAGUAUUUCAAGCAAAUGUUUGCACAAGUAACAAAUCCACCUAUCGAUCCUAUCAGGGAGAAAAUUGUAACUUCCAUGGAAUGCAUGGUGGGACCAGAAGGUGAUCUUACUGAGACAACAGAAGAGCAAUGCCAUCGCCUUUCUCUAAAAGGACCACUUUUGUCUAUUGAAGAGAUGGAGUCCAUUAAAAAGAUGAAUUUCAGAGGGUGGAGAAGCAAAGUUCUUGAUAUAACCUACCCUAAAGAACUUGGCAAAAAGGGUUUGGAGGAAACCCUAGAUAGAAUCUGUUCACAGGCACACAAUGCCAUCAAAGAGGGUUAUACCACAUUGGUCCUUUCUGACAGAGCCUUUUCAUCAAAACGAGUAGCAGUAAGCUCACUCUUGGCAGUUGGGGCUGUCCACCAUCAUUUAGUCAAGAAGCUUGAGAGAACCAGAGUUGCUUUAAUGGUGGAAUCAGCUGAGCCACGUGAAGUACACCAUUUUUGUACUUUAGUUGGAUUUGGUGUUGAUGCCAUCUGUCCCUAUUUAGCAGUUGAAGCCAUUUGGAGGAUGCAAGUUGAUGGCAAGAUUCCACCAAAGUCAAACGGUGACUUCCAUUCAAAAGAGGAAUUAGUCAAAAAGUACUACAAAGCAAGCCACUAUGGAAUGAUGAAGGUUCUUGCAAAAAUGGGUAUAUCAACUUUGGCUUCAUAUAAAGGUGCACAAAUCUUUGAGGCAGUUGGGUUAUCAACAGAAGUAAUGGAAAGAUGCUUUGCUGGAACUCCAAGUAGAGUUGAAGGAGCAACAUUUGAAGCACUUGCUGGUGAUGCUCUUCAGUUACAUGAUUUAGGGUUUCCAUCACGCCAGUUCCCUCCCAACAGUGCUGAAGCUGUUGCUUUACCUAACCCUGGUGAUUAUCAUUGGAGAAAAGGUGGUGAAGUCCAUUUGAAUGACCCUCUUGCUAUUGCCAAGUUACAAGAAGCUGCUAGAGGCAACAGUGUUGAAGCCUAUAAAGAGUAUUCAAAACGUAUACAUGAGUUAAACAAAACCUGCAAUCUUCGUGGACUUUUGAAGUUUAAAGAGGGAAAAGUCAAGGUUCCUUUAGAAGAAGUUGAACCUGCAAGUGAAAUUGUGAAAAGAUUCUGUACUGGAGCCAUGAGUUAUGGUUCUAUCUCACUUGAAGCACACAGCACCCUUGCAAUCGCCAUGAACAAAAUUGGAGGCAAAUCUAACACUGGUGAGGGAGGUGAGAAUCCAUCUCGUUUGGAACCACUUCCAGAUGGUUCAAUGAACCCAAAAAGGAGUGCAAUCAAGCAAGUUGCUAGUGGAAGAUUUGGGGUCAACAGUUAUUACCUUACAAAUGCAGAUGAAAUACAGAUAAAGAUGGCACAGGGAGCAAAACCAGGUGAAGGUGGUGAGCUUCCAGGACACAAAGUCAUUGGAGACAUCGCCACCACUAGAAACUCGACAGCUGGCGUUGGUCUAAUCAGCCCUCCACCUCACCACGACAUCUACUCAAUCGAAGAUCUCGCUCAACUAAUUCACGAUUUAAAGAACGCGAAUCCUUCUGCGCGAGUGAGUGUGAAACUAGUAUCCGAAGCUGGUGUCGGAGUAAUCGCAAGUGGAGUAGUGAAAGGCCAUGCGGACCAUGUCUUGAUUUCAGGUCACGAUGGUGGGACCGGUGCGUCCAGGUGGACCGGGAUCAAAAGUGCUGGACUCCCAUGGGAACUCGGUCUAGCCGAGACCCAUCAAACCCUAGUUGCAAACGACCUCCGUGGUCGAACCGUUCUUCAAACAGAUGGCCAGUUGAAAACCGGAAGAGAUGUAGCCAUUGCUGCUCUUUUAGGAGCAGAAGAAUUUGGAUUCAGUACAGCUCCCCUCAUCACACUCGGCUGUAUCAUGAUGCGAAAGUGUCACAAAAACACAUGUCCCGUAGGCAUCGCCACACAGGAUCCCGUCCUCCGUGAAAAGUUCGCAGGAGAACCCGAACAUGUCAUCAACUUCUUCUUCAUGUUAGCAGAGGAAAUGCGUGAACUCAUGUCAGAAAUGGGAUUUAGAACAGUCAAUGAAAUGGUCGGGCGUGCAGACAUGCUUGAAGUCGAUAAAGAGUUGACCAAAAGCAACGAGAAGCUCAAGAACAUUGACCUCUCACUUCUACUUCGACCCGCUGCUGACAUCAGAUCAGAUGCUGCACAAACAUGUGUCCAAAAACAAGAUCAUGGUCUUGACAUGGCACUCGAUCAACGGCUGAUAUCGCUCGCGAAACCCGCUUUAGAAAAAGGUCUUCCUGUUUACAUCGAGUCACCGAUCUGUAAUGUGAAUCGUGCUGUUGGGACAAUGCUUAGUCAUGAAGUGACUAAAAGGUAUCAUUUACCGGGUCUUCCAGCUGAUACGAUCCAUAUUAAGCUCCAUGGAAGUGCGGGGCAGAGUAUCGGAGCCUUUUUAUGCCCGGGGAUUAUGCUUGAGCUUGAAGGUGAUAGUAAUGAUUAUGUUGGAAAAGGGUUGUCUGGUGGGAAGAUUGUGGUUUAUCCCCCGAAAGGAAGUGGGUUUGAUCCUAAAGAGAACAUUGUGAUUGGGAAUGUGGCUUUAUACGGGGCGACAAGUGGCGAAGCUUAUUUUAAUGGAAUGGCAGCUGAAAGAUUCUGUGUGAGGAACUCAGGGGCAAAAACGGUAGUUGAAGGUGUUGGUGAUCAUGGAUGUGAGUACAUGACAGGUGGGACAGUUGUCAUAUUGGGAAAAACCGGGAGGAAUUUUGCUGCGGGGAUGAGCGGUGGAAUCGCGUAUGUUCUUGAUGUUGACUUGAAGUUUCGGUCAAGGUGUAAUACCGAGCUGGUUGAUCUUGACAAGGUUGAAGAUGAGGAGGAUAUUAUGACUUUGAAAAUGAUGAUUCAGCAACAUCAGAGACACACAAACAGCCAGCUGGCAAAGGAAGUACUUGCUGACUUUGACCAUCUUUUGCCCAAGUUUAUCAAGGUUUUCCCGAGGGAUUAUAAGCGGAUUUUAGCCACCAUGAAAGAAACAGAAGUCGCUAAAAAAGCUGCUGAUUUGGCUGCUGAAGAAGCUGACAUUCGUGAGGAAGAUGUGUUGAAGGAGAAAGAUGCUUUUGAGGAACUUAAGAAGCUGGCAGCCAAGUCAUUGACUGAGACAGUUAAUCAGUUGAUUGAGACUGUUAAUCAGGUGAAAGAGGAUGAAAAAGCCGAACAGGCGACCCGACCAUCGCGAGUUGCUGAUGCGGUCAAACAUCGGGGGUUUGUUGCGUAUGAGCGCGAGGGUGUGUCUUACCGGGACCCGUCUGUACGGAUGAAUGAUUGGAAUGAAGUUAUGGAAGAGUCGAAACCGGGCCCGCUAUUGACAACUCAAUCUGCAAGGUGCAUGGAUUGUGGUACCCCUUUUUGCCAUCAGGAAAACACGGGUUGCCCUCUCGGGAACAAAAUCCCUGAGUUCAACGAGUUGGUUUAUCAGAACAGAUGGCGUGAGGCAUUGGAUCGACUUCUUGAAACAAAUAACUUCCCGGAGUUCACGGGCCGGGUUUGCCCCGCUCCAUGUGAAGGUUCAUGUGUGCUGGGCAUAAUCGAAAACCCGGUCUCCAUCAAAAGCAUUGAGUGUUCAAUCAUAGACAAAGCCUUUGAAGAAGGAUGGAUGGUGCCCAGACCCCCCCUCAAGAGAACAGGGAAAAAAGUUGCAAUUGUUGGAAGUGGGCCCUCUGGAUUGGCUGCAGCUGAUCAACUAAACAGAAUGGGUCAUACAGUGACUGUGUUGGAGCGGGCUGAUCGGAUCGGUGGACUGAUGAUGUACGGUGUUCCUAACAUGAAGACAGACAAGAUUGAUGUUGUUCAAAGACGGGUUGACCUCAUGGCUAAAGAAGGUGUGAAUUUUGUGGUGAACGCAAAUGUAGGAACCGAUCCGGUGUACUCAAUCGAACGCCUUCGUGAAGAGAAUGAUGCGGUUAUUUUAGCAGUAGGGGCCACAAAGCCAAGGGACCUCCCUGUUCCUGGACGUGAGCUCUCGGGUGUGCAUUUUGCAAUGGAGUUUCUACAUGCGAAUACUAAAAGCUUAUUGGAUAGCAAUCUUGAAGAUGGAAACUAUAUUUCUGCAAAGGGAAAGAAGGUGAUUGUGAUUGGUGGAGGUGACACUGGUACGGAUUGCAUCGGGACAUCAAUCCGACAUGGUUGCACCAGCAUUGUAAACCUCGAGCUUCUUCCUGAACCACCUCGAACCCGGGCCCCAGGCAACCCAUGGCCACAGUGGCCUCGUGUGUUCCGUGUGGAUUAUGGACACCAGGAAGCUGCUACGAAAUUCGGGAAAGACCCACGAUCAUAUGAGGUGUUGACUAAACGGUUCAUUAGUGAUGAUAAUGGAGCCGUGAAAGGGUUGGAGUUGGUUAGAGUUCAAUGGGGGAAAGAUGAAAGUGGAAGGUUUCAGUUUAAGGAGGUGGAAGGUUCUGAAGAGAUUCUCGAGGCUGAUUUGGUUUUGUUAGCCAUGGGAUUUCUUGGUCCGGAACCGACAAUAGCGGAUAAAUUGGGGUUGGAGAAAGACGGGAGGUCGAAUGUGAAGGCGGAAUACGGGAGAUUUGCUACAAAUGUGGAAGGUGUGUUUGCAGCCGGUGAUUGUAGGAGAGGGCAGUCGUUGGUGGUGUGGGCAAUAUCGGAAGGGCGGCAAGCGGCGGCUCAGGUGGAUAAGUUUGUGAUGAAGGAAGAGGAGAUUGAAGAUGGGAGGUUGCAGAUAGAGGAGGGGAAGAAGAGGGAGGAGCAACAGGCGUUUAGAACAUAGACACAGGGAGGAAGGUGGGCCGGGGGUGGUGAUUAUAAAUUUAUAAUGAUAAUUAUAUAGUGUGGAAGCUUAGUUUUGUAUCUUAUUGUCCUCCACCUCUCCUGUGUCUUGGUAGCUGCUGUUUAUAGCCUUUUUCCUUUUUCCUUUUGGUUUUGGUGGAUUGCUUGUUUUGAACUUUGAAAAAAAUAAAUAAAUGUACAGAUGAGUCUGUUUCGUUUCA